AUGGCGCAAGCCCCAGAGGAUUCAUCCGGAUUCAAACGCAAUUAUAUGGCAUGUCUGAAUUGCCGUCUACGCAAAACAAAAUGUGACCUUGGAGAUAUGAACAACCCUCAUGAUCCCCCGUGUGCCAGAUGCAGACGUGAGAGGAAGGAGUGUGUGUUUGCAGCUGCCAAAAGAGGCCGUGUUCUGUCAAUAUCACCAUCUGCAACUACAAAUUACAAAGUUGCUCGCGCUUCUGCUUCUGUUGGGCCUCAGCCCGGAAUAAAUACGCCCAGCCAGGGCCUCAUGGCAGGUCCUCUCGGCACUUACGCUAGACGAAUCGAAGAUUCGGGAUUCGCAACUUCUCAGACACGUUCGACCAUGGAAGAUCUUCCGAAGACUAUAAGUCCAUCCGACAACACAAACAGACAGUCGGACGAGAGUCCACACCCACACCCUUCUUCGUGGGAACACACGGGUACCUCACGAAAUACGAUGGUAUAUCUGGCCCAUGUGGCCGGAGAUAUUGCAAAAGCUGAUGAUAGAGACCGGAUAGAUGCCCGGUCAAAAAUGGCUGUCUUCGAAACAGCUAGUAGCUCGGAUGGUGCUGAGAGCGGAGCACGCUCACACAGUCUCAGCGACCCAGCCCAGGAGCAACUGAUGCCACAGAUAGGUUCUCGCUAUAGAAUGCCGCCCAUGAGGUCAAUAGAUAGUGUGCGGCCCACACCAACUUCAGGACUUUCUGAGAUUGAGUAUAUCGGAAGGGAUUCCAUUUUGUCGGAGGAGGAGGCCAGAAGACUGGUAGCCCUGUUUUUCUCCACGAUGCACCCAUUCUUCCCAUUCAUCCCAAAACAAUUGCACGAUGCCGAUGUUCUGGCAGCGUAUCCGAUGCUUCUUUGUGUUAUUCUCACUAUAAGCGCGCGAUACCAUCCGUUUUACAGUGAUGAUAGUCGUGGCUCCAAACACCCACUUCAUGUAGAGGUCCACGAACGGCUCUGGGUCUAUUGUCAGCGACUAAUCUCGCAGACAGUUUGGGCUGAGGCCUCGACAAGAUCUGUGGGAACAGUUUUUGCAUUUUUGCUAUUCACUGAGUGGAAUCCAAGGGCAAUUCAUUGGCGUUGGAACGAUUACGCAAACAUGCCAGAAGACGAUCUCAAGCCUCCCAAUGGAUCUGGGAUGCCAGAGGGUGAUACCAGCGGCAUGGCCGGUCUGGGAGCGAUGAGACGGAGUGAUAGAAUGGCUUGGAUGUUGAUUGGUUCAGCAGUACGGCUGGCCCAAGACAUGGGGUUCAUGGAGAACGAUGCCAACGUGUUUUUGGCUACUCACAUUGCAGAGACCCACACGGCGAUGAACAUCACAAGAAGAUCGAUGUUGGCACCGUCGCUAGGAGAGGUUGAUCUUGGUGAUACACCUAUGAAUUCUUCAUUGAAAUUUACUCCGAUGCAAAGAGCGAGACUGGAACUGCUCCAGUUCACAUCGCUGUGCUACGAGUCUCUGUAUGGAAACAAACCGAAGUUGGGUGGGCUUACAAAACACCAAAAUUUGGCUCUACUUGAUUUGAUGACACCCAUGUUGGAAAGUUGGUAUCGCAGAUAUCACCAACUCCUAGUACCGUCAUCAGCAACCAGCACCAGUAGCCAGGUCCAUGAGGCUAAGAUCCUUCAGCCAGAUUCCAAAUACUGCCAAAAGUUGGCGGAAAUGGUUGAUAGAGAGUCAUUGAUAUUUGAUUAUCACUAUGCCAAGUUAUAUGUCUACUCACUGGCCCUUUCCAGUGAAGCUGGUGAGACAUCUCAUGGGAGAAAUCCGCGACUGGAUGCUCUUUCCAUGUCUCGAUAUGUUGACAUGGCCUUUAAUGCUGCCAAAGAGACACUGGCCGUUGUGCAUCGCACCAACAGACUGCGAUUACUGAAGUGCAUGCCAAUUCGUUGGCUCACCCGAAGUGUCAAGUCGGUGGCCUUCAUAGUGAAAUGCUAUCUCACACUCACGUCCUCAGAAGAGACUGAAACUCGACCAGAGGCCACCUCAGCCAUUCUGUCGCUAUCUACCAUUCCUCUGGAAGAAAUAUUGUCUAUUCUCCAGAGAACAGCUAUUGUUUUGAGGGAAGCGGCGCCGGAUGAACUACAUCUCUGCACACGCUACUCCACGGUGUUGAUGUACCUGUGUUCUCAGUUCAAGACCAAGUCACAGACUGCUGGUCGUGUUCCUCGUGACUAUGAGCGUGAUAUUGAUGCUGAAAGCGCGAAAAAGUUUGUACCGCAGGUUGAUCAGGAAUUUCCACCAGCAUUUCAGGAAACGGCCUCGCCUUUUCCUUUUGAAUCUUUCAUGGAUCCGAGCGAUACGGUGUUCAACUGGUUUACACAAAAUGAGAAUAAUGAUCAAGGUUUGGACUUUGUGGAUCGGUGGACGGAACAGCUGGAGCAAGAGUUCUUGCAAAAGGCAGGCCGUGGUUAUGAUGGUCGAGAAGUGUCUUGA